AUCAAUUCUGAAGGUCCUACAAUAAAUGGAAACGAGUUGUCCCAACUCUCCAUCUUAGUCCUACAACAUUAAUGGACGUGCCCGUAUCAUUGUGUCUAUGGCAAGUUAAAGCUAGCAGAUUUACGUCAUAGAGCCAGAAGAAGUACGAAUCACACACACACACACACUAUCAGCAUCGAAGGUCGAGUAAGUAGAGUGUUCUUGUCAAUUAGAGCAAUAUGGAGGGUGUGAAGGGUUUGGAGAGUGAUUUAGAGGCCAUGAGACAGUAUUUUAGGAGUGGAAAGACCAAAGAUGUAGCUUGGAGGCAAUCCCAACUGAAAGGAUUGCUCUCGUUUAUUAAGGAAAAAGAGAGAGAGAUCUCCAAGGCUUUAAAGGAAGAUUUAGGGAAGCAUCAUGUUGAGGCAUACAGAGACGAGACCGCCCUCCUAUUAUUCGAUCUUCGCUUCGUUAGAUUUUAUCAGGUGGCUUCCAGGUUUAAAGGUAGUAAUGCUACAAAUAAACAAAUCAUGGUAGGGAUACUGACAAAAUCCAUCAAUUUUGCACUGCACGGAUUAAAAGAAUGGAUGUCAAGCAAGAAGGCCAAGUUGCCAAGAGUUGCCCUGUUAUCAUCUGCAGAAUUGGUACCUGAACCUCUUGGUUUUGUCCUAAUUAUUUCAUCAUGGAAUUUUCCUUUUGGACUAUCCCUGGAACCAAUGAUAGGAGCAAUAGCUGCAGGUAACACGAUGGUUUUAAAACCUUCGGAAUUAGCUCCUGCAAGUGCUUCUCUUCUAGCAAAUAUUUUGCCAACUUACCUAGACAAUUCAGCUGUCAAGGUUAUCCAAGGAGGACCAGCUGUGGGUGAACGCCUCCUACAGCAGAAAUGGGACAAGAUCUUUUUUACAGGAAGUGCACGAGUAGGACGAAUAAUUAUGUCAGCAGCUGUGAACCAUCUCACACCUGUUGCUCUAGAAUUGGGAGGUAAAUGCCCUGCUGUUGUAGAUUCUGUAUCAUCUUCAUGGGAUACAAAGGUAACUGUGAACAGAAUUUUAGUGUCAAAAUUUGGAGCCUGUGCUGGUCAAGCAUGUAUAGCAAUUGAUUAUAUCCUAGUGGAAAAAAGAUUUGCUUCCACCUUGGUGGAAUUAAUGAAAGUUAUGAUCAAGAAAAUGUUUGGUGAAAACCAAAGAGAGACAAAUACUGUUGCAAGAAUAGUCAACGAACAGCAUUUCUUGAGAUUGAAGAAUCUUCUAAGCGACUCAGCCGUGCAAAAUUCCAUUGUCUAUGGAGGUUCAAUGGAUGAAAAGAAUCUGUUCGUUGAGCCAACAAUCCUGGUAGAUCCUCCACUUGAUGCAGCAAUAAUGACAGAAGAGAUAUUUGGUCCUUUGCUUCCCAUAAUCACAUUUUGCUUCUACAGCUGGACAAGGUUGAGGACAGUAUUGGUUUUAUCAACUCAAAGCCUAAGCCACUUGCAAUUUAUGCCUUCACCAACAAUGAAAAAUUCAGGAGAAGAAUGUUAUCUGAAACAUCGUCAGGAAGCUUGGUAUUCAACGAUGCAGUUAUUCAGUAUGCAGCUGAUGCCUUACCAUUUGGAGGGAUUGGAGAAAGUGGGAUUGGCAAGUAUCAUGGGAAAUUCUCAUUCGACACGUUUAGCCACUACAAGGCAGUGACAAGAAGAAGCUUCCUAACUGAUUUUUGGUUCAGAUUUCCUCCAUGGAAUGAUUACAAGCUGUUGCUUUUGGAAGCGACUUACAAUUAUGACUAUCUUGGAAUGCUCCUGGUCAUUCUUGGCUUAAAGAGGCGAAGAUAGACAGGACUCCGAUGGCAUGUAGCAGUUCUGUUGCCUCAAUAUUGAGUCUCCCUGGAUGAAUCUGCACAGCCAAAAUCAGCAAUAAUGACUCCGGAAUAGCGUCAAUGAACCUUUUCCGAUUAUAUAUAUUAAUUCUCGUAAUGUGUAUUGUAUCUAAGUACAAGACUCUUUUGUUCGAUUGGUGCAAAUUUUCUUUGUAUCUUGUUCACAAAUCUAGUCAUUUGUAAUAAUGACCCUAGCUAUUCCUAUAAAACCAGAAUCUAGUCCAAGAUGAUGCUGGAGAUUGUUUUA